GGAUAAGAUGGUGUGAAGGUGUAACCUAAACUAUUGUGACAUCGGCACCGCUGCUUGCAUAGCAGGCUUGUGAAACCGGUGCUUGAGCCCGCAGGAGAACUGACACCAUUCAGACUGCCGGGAAAUCCCACCUGAUUCGCCGCCUAAGGUGUGUUGUCUUCAUAUCCGGCUCAGCAACCCCAAUCCCAGGUCGUUUUACAUAGCUUAAUUGCGUUUACAUGGAAAGAAGAAGCAAUUUUGGAUGAAACGGUGCAGCAAGCGAAACGUGGAAAGACAAGACCUGACUGCGUAAAAAAAAAAUAAGACAGAGGGAUCAAAUUCAGAAAGGAUGGAAACGAAUGGGAUCGAAAAGACAAAUGGUAUGGAGGGUGAUACGGACCUCAAGUUCCUCCUGCAAGGGGGAGAUCUUCUCAAGGUCCGCUCUCCAUCCUGGAAGAAGUUCCGCCACUUCAGACUCCAGGAGGACUGCCAGACCAUGUGGCACGAAUCAAAGAAACCCUUCAGGACAAACCAGACCUUUUCACUUGAUGAAAUCUCAGCUGUGCGAAUGGGCCGUCAGUCAGAGGGUCUGAGGAAGUACACAGAGGAGCAGGAGGAGGGUCGCUGCUUCUGCAUCAUGUUCAAGGGCCGCCGCAAGAACCUGGACCUCAUGGCCAGCUCAGAGGAGGAGGCCAAGCAGUGGGUCACCAGCCUGAACAAAGUGGCGUCCAACAUAAACAACCUCAGCGUCCAGCAGAGGACAGGGCAUUGGAUCAUCAGCUGCCUGAGGAAAGCAGACAAGAACCAUGAUGAAAAGCUGAGUCAGUUAGAGCUCAAAAACUUCCUGCGUCUGAUCAACAUCAAGGUGGAUGACGACUAUGUGGAGAUGCUCUUCAAGAAAUGUGACAACUCAAAAUCUGGAUACCUUGAUGGAAAGGAGAUUGAAAACUUCUAUCACCUGUUGACCAAUCGGGAGGAAAUUGCCGUGAUCUACGGGGAGUACGCUAAAACUACUGGCUUUAUGAGUCCUGAAAACCUGGUGGACUUCCUGAUGAAAGAACAGAUAGAGAAAGCCUCACUGGCGGACGCACACAGGAUUAUCGAGAAGUAUGAGCCAAAUGAAAAUGCCAAAGAGAAGAAGCUGCUGUCCAAAGAUGGCUUCCUCAUUUACAUGCAAAAUCCAGAGGCCUCGGCCCUCAGUUCAGAUCACAAAGAAGUGUACCAGGACAUGAGCCAGCCGCUCAGCCACUACUUCAUCUCCUCCUCCCACAACACCUAUCUCAUGGAGGAUCAGCUCAGUGGGCCCAGCAGCACGGAGGCUUAUAUCAGGGCUCUGCUGAAGGGCUGCCGUUGUCUAGAGCUGGACUGCUGGGACGGGUCAGACGAUGAGCCGGUGAUCUACCACGGCUACACACUCACUUCAAAGAUCCUCUUCAAAGACGCGAUCCAAGCCAUCAAGGAGUAUGCCUUUAAGAUGUCCGAUUACCCAGUUAUCCUCUCCUUGGAGAACCACUGCAGUGUGGAGCAGCAGAAAGUCAUGGCCCACCACCUGAGCUCCAUCCUGGGUAGUGCACUUGUCACUUCCCCCCUGGGGGAUGGCAUGCCCACAAACUUCCCAUCUCCAGAGGAGCUAAAGGGGAAGUUCCUGAUCAAAGGGAAGAGGUUAAACAAACUUGAGGCCAUCUUUGCUCCUGAGGCGGCAGAAGCUGAUGACAUGGACGUGACGGAGGAGGAGGAGUCGAAUGAUGAGGAUGAACAGAAGGCGAAAAGCAAGAAGAAAAAGAAUCUGAAACUAGCGAAGGAGCUGUCCGACAUGGUGAUCUACUGCAGGAGCGUCCACUUCCACGACUUUGACGACGCUAGACAAAACCUGAGCUUCUACGAGAUGGCGUCCUUCAAGGAAGGAAAGGCCCUGGUGCUGGCCGAGGAGUCGGCUAAUGCCUACAUCCGGCAUAAUGUGGACAAGCUGAGCCGAAUCUAUCCAUCAGGCUUCAGGACCGACUCAUCCAACUACAACCCGGUGCCUCUGUGGAAUGCUGGCUGCCAAAUUGUGGCCUUAAACUUCCAGACAGCCUGCACAGACAUGGACAUUAACCAGGGCAGAUUCCUGGUUAACGGAAAGAGUGGCUACAUCCUGAAACCGGCCUACAUGACCGACAGAGCCACAGAGUUUGAUCCCAUCACCCUGACCCGAGGAGAAUGGCUGAAGCACAGGAUGCUCCAUGUCAUGAUUAUAUCAGCCCAGCAGCUCCCCAAGGUGAACAAAGACAAAAACUCCGUUGUGGACCCGCUGGUUAAAGUACAGGUGUAUGGAGUGCCGGCUGAUGUCGCUGAGAAAGAGACCAGUGUAAUUGAAAACAACGGUUUUAACCCAACAUGGAAUGAAAACUUUCAGUUUGAUGUGUAUGUGCCAGAGCUGGCACUGGUCCGUUUCCUCGUUGAAGACUACGACUCCAUGUCUGAUAACGACUUUAUUGGACAGUACACACUUCCAUUCAACAGCUUAAAAAUGGGAUACAGACAUGUGCCUCUGCUCAAUAAGAACGGAGACGUUCUCCCCUCAGCUGGACUCUUUGUACAUAUCAUGGUCGUUGGUGCUGAGUAAGAAGUCGCCGACUGGCAUGUUCACAAGGACCUCCAUCACACAGCCAUAUUUUAUUUGGUUUUAAUUGUUGCUAUUUUAUAGUUUUAGUUCAUGAUUAACUUAUUGGCUUGAUUCCAUUAGUUUGAGCAGUUACUGUAAAAGUCAGAUAAAAGCACAUUAUUCUCAAAGGAAAUUAGUCUCAAUUUAAACUAAAGAUCUCCAUCCGCAAGUAGAAAUUAAUUGUAUUGGCAGGUGGGUUUUGCAUGCAAAUACUGUACAUACUCAUAAUUACACUUAAUACUUAUGCAACACAUUACAGGGACUGUUAUACAAACUGUUUUAACUGGUUUGUGUGAGUUGCACUAGUAUUACGCUAUAUUCAGGUUGAGAUGGCAUUGGACUUUUUUAAGACAGUUUGUGUCUCUAAUUUCUGGUCAGUUAAUGAAUUGUUUGUUUAAAUUAUUUUUUAUUUUAAAAUCACCAUUUUAUGUGCCUUGUCUUCAUCAGUAAUUUUAGCCAUCCAGUAUCCUUAUUUUUCAUGUAACAUCAUCGACAGUUCUUCUUUAUCUUUUUACAUAUCAAGAUGAAGAUUAAAGUUUUAAACAUGACAACCUGU